AUGCUUCUUUCAGAAAGCAAAGAAACAACCACGGAAGCGACCAGCUCAACGAUAAGCUCAGUGGCAAGCUCAGCGGAAAUAUCAACGGCACAUUCAGCAGCAAGCUCACUGGCGAGCUCCCCGGCAAGCUCAACGGCAGCAUCAACGGCAGGCUCAGAAGCAGGCACAACGAACAGCGUCUCAGUCGAAAGCAAAGAAACAACCACGGAAGCGACCAGCUUAAUGGCAAGCUCAUGGCCAAGCUCAAUCGCAGUUUCAGCGACAAGGUCAAUGGUAGCAUCAGCGACAAACACAACGACAGGUUCAUCUGGAAGCUCAACGGAACUUACCACAGCAACCUCAACGGCAGCUACAACGGUAAGCUCAACCGAACUUACAACAGCAACCUCAACGGCAAGCUCAAUGGGAGAAUCAACCGGAAGCUCCACGGUGAGCUCAGCGGCAAGCUCAGCGUUAGACUCAAUUGCAACUUCAGCGACCAGUUCAUCGAUAGGCUCACCAGCAACAUCAGCGGCAAGCUCAACGGCAGCUACAACGGCAAGCUUAACGGUGAGCUCAGCGACAAGCUCAACGAUAGGCUCAGUCGCAACCUCAGCGGCAAGCUUAUCAGCAAGCUCAAUGGCAGCUACAACGGCAACCUUAACGAUAGAAUCAACUGGAAGCUCCACGGUGAGCUCCACGGUGAGCUCCACGGUGAGCUCCACGGUGAGCUCAACGGUAGACUCAAUCGCAAGCUCAGAGGCCAGCCCGCCAGUAACCUCAGCGGCAAGCUCACCAGUAACCUCAGCGGCAAGCUCACCAGUAACCUCAGCGGCAAGCUUAACGGUAGAAUCAACUGGAAGCUCCACAGUGAGCUCAGUGACAAGCUCAACGGUAGGGUCAAUCGCAACCUCGGCGGCAAGCUCACCAGCAACCUCAGCGGCAAGCUCAACGGCAGCUACAACGGCAAGCUUAACGGUAGAAUCAACUGGUAGCUCUACGGUGAGCUCAGUGACAAGCUCAAUGGUAGGCUCAAUCGCAACCUCAGCGGCAAGCUCAACGAUAGAAUCAACUGGUAGCUCCACGGUGAGCUCAGCGACAAGUUCAACGGUAGGCUCAAUCGCAACCUCAGCGGCAAGCUCAACGGUAGAAUCAACUGGUAGCUCCACGGUGAGCUCAGCGGCAAGCUCAACGGCAGCUACAACGGCAAGCUCAACGACAAGCGUGCCAGUCGCCCCAUGGAACUCUGCUGGAACCAUGACAACAAUACGUGACCAGCAUACUGCAACUCUGCUUAGUUCCGACAAAGUUCUAGCUGCUGGUGGUUAUGCAGCGAGCUAUAUUGCUAGUUGUGACUUAUUUGAUCCAUCAACGGGCCAGUGGAACUCUACUGGAAACAUGGCAACAGCACGUUAUCAGCAUACUGCAAUACUUCUCAAUACCACCAAAGUUCUCGCAGCUGGUGGUAGAGCGUCCGAUUACCUUGCUAGUUCUGAAUUGUAUGAUCUAUCAACGGGUCAGUGGAACUCUACUGGAAAUAUGGCAACAGCUCGUUGGGUGCAUACUGCAACCUUGUUCAGUUCCGGUACAGUUCUUGUGGCUGGUGGUCAGGGAUCGUCCGGUGUUCUCGCCGGUUGCGAACUGUACGAUCCAGCAACGGGCCUGUGGAGCUCUGCUGGAAACAUGGCAACAGCACGUUAUCAGCAUACUGCAACCCUGCUCAAUUCCGGCUUAGUUCUUGUGACUGGCGGUCAGGGAGGCAGUUACCUUGCUAGUUCUGAAAUAUAUGAUCCAUCAACGGGCAAGUGGAACUCUACUGGAAACAUGGCAACAGCACGUUAUCAGCAUACUGCAACCUUGCUCAAUUCCGGCUUAGUUCUUGUGAUUGGUGGUCGGGGAUCGUCCAGUAAUUAUGCUAGUUCUGAAUUAUAUGAUCCAUCAACGGGCAAGUGGAACUCUACUGGAAACAUGGCAACAGGACGUUUUGUGCAUACUGCAACCAUGCUAAGUUCCGGCAAAGUGCUUGUGACUGGUGGUAUCGGAACGUCCGGUACUCUUGCUAGUUCUGAAUUAUAUGAUCCAGCAACGGGCCUGUGGAGCUCUGCUGGAAACAUGGCAACAGCACGUUAUCAGCAUACAGCAACUAUGCUUGGUUCCGGCAAAGUUCUUGCUGCUGGUGGUCAGGGAUCGUCCAGUGUUCUUGCUAGUUCUGAAUUAUAUGAUCCAUGA